UGUUUUUACACUUGGUAUCAUCGAUUACGAUAAUACCAGAAGAGUUGAGACUUUCAUGCAGAGCAGAGAGAAGGAAGUUAAACCUUCUCCUCCAUCGAUCAUAACCUGAGAUCUCUGGCAAACUAAAUAGAUGAGCUCCAAAUGUUGCCAGAACCAAACCGGAGUAUUAUGAAAGCAGUUUGAUGUGAUGCUUCAGAUCUUCUAUCAGUCUGUUGUGGAGACUAAUCUCUUCUGCAGCAUCAGAACCACUGACUUCAAAAAGAUCCACAAGCUGAUCAAAGAAGGAUUCUUCAGAAAAUGAAGAAUAAUAGAGACAAAUGUGGGAAUGUUCUUCAUUCUUCAGUCAGGCUUCCUAAUACUCACUGUAACGCUGACCUCUACAGGAGAUGCUUCCUGCCCACAGCAUCUACACAACUCUGGCUUAAGCUGGCUUAAUUUCCCUUUAGAGUAAAUAUUUUUUUGGAUAAAGAGGUUUUAUCAUGGUUUACUCAAGUUCAGACACGACUGAUCGAACUGGAUUCCACUGCUCCUUUAGGAAAACGGAUCUCCUUCUCAAGUUUCAUCCCCACUUUGUGGGAUUGGUUGGUUUAGGGGGUCGGUAGAGACAGGAAGAGACCAGAAGCAGAACAUUUGCUGCAGAUGGUUCAGAUAUUCAGGUGAGCAGCAGAGUUAAACCUCCUGUAGGCCUGAAGGGAGCCGGCCUCCAGUCUGACAAGUUGGACCAGGAGUGGGUGGAGUUUCUGCAGAAACCUCACCUUUUACAGUCAGUUGUUCUGGCAUUUCAGCUGCUGCAAUGGCGGAGACCAGGCCUUCUUUGUCGAUUGAGGAGCUUUCAGACGACAGGCCUCCUUCCCAUAGUGAGGAGAGUCAAGACGAAGACGAAGAGUCUUCCUCCCCUAUUGGAUGUAGUUUUAUUAAGAGCUGCAUGGGAAAGCCCAAGAGCAUUUGGUCAUUUUUCCUCUAUGUGCUGGGUCUUGCAUUGUUUGUUCUUGACGUUGUUUUGGACUUCAAGACUCUGGUGAUGUUUGGCAUGAAUAGAGAGUAUGGGCACCUCGCUGUUCUGCUGGUUCUGCUCAUAGGCUCGGCCGUGCUCACACACACUUUCAGCUGGCUCUGGUACAAGGAUGAUGAGUUUGCCAUGAUGACCAACCUGGAGAGGAUCCUGUAUCCCAACCUUGGAUUUCUGCACAUCUUCCAUUUAGGAAUCUACACCAGACAUGCAGCCAUAGCAACGGCUUCAAUGGAAAACCUCCGCUUUCAGUCCGAGGAGCUGAAGAAAAUAAUAAAGUACCGUAAACACGAUCAGAGAAUUCUGGGGAUCUUUGAGGCGUACUCAGAGAGCGCUCCUCAGGUCGUCCUCCUGCUCAGCAUCGUCCUGAGUGACGAUGGCUGGACACCGGCUGUCCUCACAGUGCGUAAGAUCCUGGUCUCAUUUGUGAGCAUCAUCUUCUCUGAGGCCAAGUACUACAAGUCAGUCAUCUCCUGCCUCAGUGAGACCGACCAAUUCUGGUGCUGCUCUUGUACGACUGUGGUGCGGUUGGCGCUCUUCUUCCUCUGGAAGCUGCUCUUGGUGUUGAGUCGCCUUGUUGCCCUCGCCCUCUUCGCCUCCGUGGAGCCCUGCUACAUCUUCACCCACUUCGUCUGCUCCUGGCUGCUCCUGUUCUUCGUUGCCUCUUACAUCGAGACGAAACAAGAAGACUCGGUCUUCAGGAAGUCUGUCGGUGAGAAGUGGCUGUUCCGAGGCACUGUGGCCCUCAUCUGGUACUUCAGCUGGUUCAGUGGCGUGGUGAGGAGGAGGACCAGCAAACUGAUGCUGUUCUACCACCUCUACAUGCUGGUGGACAUCUGGGUCCUCUGUGGGUUGUGGUACUGUGGAAUUGGCUCGAAUCCGCUUCACUUAGAGAUCUCAUCUUUGCACAUUGCAGUCUUUGCUGGAAGUGUGCCCGCUUUUUAUGUCAUUGGGUUGUUUUGGAAGGGGAUUUAUUUUUAUGGCCUCCAUCCAGAUGUGGAGGAAAAGAAGCUGGAAGAAGACAAGAAGAAGGAGAAGAUGAGUUUCUUCACUCAUGUCCAGCCAACUAAGUGGAUGUGUGUGAAGAAACAAAAACAACUCAUCUCCUCUAUGAAAAUCAUCUUCUAUCUCUUCUAUCUGUUGCCCGGUUUUAGUAAAUGUUUUAAAAACCUUGGACCUGAUUCCAACGAACCGCCUCGCAGCAACAGGAGAAUGGAGGAACUGGCCAAGAGUUUCUACAUAAAACAAUCUGACGGCUCUGAGGAUUCUCAGCAGGUUUCUACUGCAGGCGACUGAUGAGAGGAAAGUUCAUCUCUGACUCAAGAUGCAACUAUUGUGAUGACCUCUGACCUGACCCUCCAGAUCCACAUAAAGCCGGUUCCACAGUGGUUCUUCUCCAGCUGCAGAACAUUUCCAGGACCAGAGACUAAAGUCUCAGAUCAGAGAAACUCAUCCAGGCUUUAGUUUCUCUUCAGUGGCUUUGAUUCCUGCAGCAGCGUCUUCACAGGUCUGAUUGACAACCCAACGGUCCAGAACGCUGCUGCUGGAGUUCUGACUAGAACCAGGAGGAUAGAGACACCACCCUGUUCUACACCACCUGGUUCUACAGUCCUUCACUGAGAGACUUUAAACUGCUGGUAGUUUAUAAAUCACUGAACAGAUUAAAGAUUUGCUGCUGCUGGAUCAACCUGCUGGUUCUGGUUCUGAUGCAGAAAAGAAUAAACCUCCAGAAAAUUGAGAAACACCCGAAACACUGAGUUAAUUUAAAUCCAGAGUAAAACCAGCUGGUUAGAGCUGCUUUUGGAACAUUUAAUAAAUGAAACAUUUAACUUGA